AUGUGUUCAUGUGCUCCCUGCACCUACGUGUUGACGAGACAGAGAACAACAUUACGACAAGCGGUCCUGCUGAUAAAACCAACCCAGGCUGAAAUGGAGGAAUAUAACUCUGGCGAAGAGGUGCUCUUCAAUGCUGAUGACGCCAGUAACAACAUUAAAGAGUGCAUCGAGGGCGUCAUCGGCGGUACGGACUACAGCCAAAGUAAAGUAAACCAGUGGACCGCCAGCAUUGUGGAACAGUCUUUGACUCAUCUCGUCAAACAAGUCAAACCUUUCAAGUACAUAGUUAACUGCACCAUCAUGCAGAAGAGCGGGGCUGGUCUCCACACGGCUAACUCCUGUUACUGGGACAACACCACGGACGGAAGCUGUACAGUCCGAUGGGAAAACCGCACCAUGUAUUGCGUCGUCGGCGUCUUUGCCGUGGCUUUGCAGCCGUGACCCCAUCCUAAGAACAAGGACGGUCGUCAGCUUUGGUAGUAGUUUGUUUCCAAUACAGGGAAAUGGAAGUAAGAAUGUUCAGGGGGCAACAACGAAGCAGCGUGUUGCUCGUUUGUGUGAUCACUCCCGACUUUCAGGAGUUACUUUGUGGUCAGCUAAGAAUCAAACACUUGUGUAGCAAUCCCUCAGCUUUAUGUAAGCACUCCAUCAUUACAUUCCUAAAUAAAAUAAGACUGAAACCACUGCAGGAUUUAGGAAAACACACCAGAGUACUUUAAAUGUCUUUAUAUGAUACUUUAAACUUACAAAAGUAUUUAUUAUUUACUUGUCAGAAUUUGUGUAGGGGGCACCAAUACAUUCCUUUUUUUAUUUAGUAUCUACAGAAAAAUAAAGGUGGAUUU